CGUCAUCGCGACGUCAUCAGCCGCCCCGCCCACUCGGGAGUCCUGGCGUCGCCGUUUCCGGAUCUAGCGACGUUAGCGGCGACGGCGAGCCGAAGUCCUGCGCUUGCCUGACGGGAACACGGCGUGGUCGUUCUCGCUGCGCGGGGCCGACGAGUAGUGCGACCUCAGCCGGUGCGAGCCGCUCAAACCGCGCGGCCAUGGCGACGCGGCUGGCGCUGCGGCUGCGGCGGAACCUCUCGCUCAGCUGCCAGGCGUGCGCCAGAGCGCGCGGACGCCCGCAGAAGCACGAGCUCUCGGAGAAGCAGCUGACUCGGUACUUCGUAGACCAUCGGCGCGUGAAGCUGGAGGCGGGCUCCGGCGGCAAGGGGGCGUGCACCUUUCACAGCGAACCCCGGAAAGAGUGGGGCGGCCCGGACGGGGGCAACGGUGGAAACGGAGGCGACAUCGUCAUUGAAGUGAACAGGCAGGUGAAGUCCCUGUCGCUGGUGUCGGCGGUGUACAGGGGGCAGGAUGGAGAGGCUGGAGGCAGUAAGAACUGCUACGGACGCAACGGCAGCUCCUCCUACAUCUCCGUUCCCGUGGGAACCAUUGUGAAGGAGCAGGGCAGGGUCGUGGCAGACCUGGCAUGUCACGGGCAGCAGUUCGUCGCUGUGCACGGGGGGGCGGGCGGCAAGGGGAACCACUUCUUCUUGUCCAAUGAGAACCGCGCGCCAAUGACGGCCACGCCCGGAGAGAGGGGCGAGGCCAGAGUGCUCCACCUGGAGCUCCGUACCAUGGCCCAUGCAGGACUGGUGGGCUUUCCAAAUGCAGGCAAGUCUUCGUUACUCAGGGCUGUCUCCAAUGCCAGGCCUGCCGUAGCUGCAUAUCCCUUCACUACACUCAACCCACACGUGGGCAUCGUCAGGUACAGAGACCACGAGCAGCUGGCAGUGGCAGACAUUCCUGGCCUGAUCCGGGGCGCCCACCUCAACCGUGGCCUGGGCAUCUCCUUCCUGUGUCACAUCGAGCGUUGCCAUGUCCUGCUUUUUGUGCUGGACAUGACGUCCUCGGAGCCCUGGGAACAGCUGCGAGACCUGCGCUACGAGCUGGACCAGUACGAGCCAGGCCUGUCCGCCAGGCCGCACGCCAUCGUGGCCAACAAGAUGGACGUGGCGGGCACCCUGGACAAGCUGGACACCCUCAGGGGUCGUGUGACCCAGCGGGUCAUCCCUGUGUCUGCGCUGACGGGGCAAAACACGGAAGAGCUCAUUCUGUACCUGCGGGAACUGUACGACGGUCAACAGCAGUGCAAGGAAAAGCCUGCCACAUGGUAGAGGUGCCACAAGAUGUCCAUGUCGCUGGUUAAGAGGAUUUUAUCCUGAACGCUCCUUUAAAACAUCCAACAGAACGUGCUUUGGUAGCUGUUAGACCAGAAGCUAGAAAAGGGCUGACUCAGGAUAUCAAGACAGAAGAGCUGCAUCUCCCAUCGACACGGGAAAUCUGUAGAAAAAUCUGUAUACCGUGUAUUUAUUAAAAUUCUGUCUUUUAUGUA